ACUGGCACCGUACAGUGUAAUGAUAGAUAAUCUAUGAGAAAGGCGGUUGUCUGCUAAGCAACCAAGAUGGCGGACGAAGACAUCACAGCAAACUUACCAUCUUUGCAGUUUGAGUCGGCGCUAACUCCGCAAGAAAAAGAACUGCUGUAUUUACGAGCUCGAAGUCAUGCUCUGACACUGUCGUCAUGUGCACAAGGAGCAUUUCUCGUAGCGAUACUCAAUGGAGCUCGACAAAAAAUCAUGGAGAAAAAAUGUCCAGCAAAGAAGAAGGCAUCCAAGCUAUUGCAGGAAGCACCAAAGAGAGACCCUAUUCUUGUUGGUAUUAUUGGCUGUGGAAGGGUUGGAAAACAACUUGCUAAUACUCUGAUGAAAUAUGCUGAUGUCCAGCCUGAAGAACUCUUCAUUUCUACAAGACGACCAGAAACAUUGUCUGCUUUUCAAGCCAGAGGGGUUCACUGUGGAUUUGACAACRUUAAAGUUUGUUCUACUGUGGAUAUCCUAUUUAUUGCUUGUCUUCCAUCACAAUUUGAUACUGUAGCAAAGGAAAUUAAAGGUCAUCUUCUUUGCCCUGUUUAUAUUCUUACUGGCGCUAUACCACUGGCUAGAAUACGUCAAAUCCUAGAAUUYGAUCAAGUUAUAAAACCUGAAACGUCUUGGAAGAAAUGGGACCAUUCAAUUGAACAGGAYAACACAAAAUGGGAAUUUGAACGGGAUCUUGUUGAUAUUCUUGGUGAGCCUACAUACUGUGAAAUGACAUGUCCUUUAAGAUAUGAAUCAAACAAAGGUCUAUCGCUUGUAAGCACCAAUCCUCAAUGGGCUGAGCUGGCUCUGUUUUCUUUCAUCAAUGUCUGUACUGCCAAGAAACUCAUGAGAAAUGAUGUCAUAUUGAUGUGCAAUACAGUGUUUCUUGGGUUUGGUCCAACGGACGACACUAAUGAGUCCUUAACAGUAAAAGACGUUGCUGUAGAUGAGCACUUGUACACCUUACACUGCAGUAGAACUCCUGAUAUUAGYGAAGAACAGUAAGUAAUAUKAUGAUGAUUACAAUGAUGAUKACUGAAUCAACUCGUUAUAGCGGACACCUUCGAUGACGUUAUUAACUGUCCUUAAUAGCGAGUGUCCGCUGUAAAGAGAGUCGUAACACUCCACUUUCGUUAUAAUGAACAGCUUAGGGACCAUAAUUAAGUGUCCGUAAUAGUGAAUGUCCGCUGUAAAGAGAGUCAUUUUUAUAACACUCCACUUUCGUUAUAACGGUCAACCUAGUGGCCGUAAUUAAGUGUCCGUAAUAGCGAGUGUCCGCUGUAAAGAGGAUCAUUUUCAGAACACUCCACUUUCGUUAUAAUGGACAGC